AUGCUGUCUACGACCGCGACCAUCGGAAUGCCCGAGGUCAAUUGGAACGGCAUAUGGAUUGGAGCUCUUGAAUUUGCUUUGACUCUGUUGAACAUGGGAAGUCAGGCUGUUUCAAUUGCGAAGAUCGACAGCUCGCGGCUCGAAAGAGAAGGCACGAAUGUGUACUGGAUGUGCGACCUUGUUGAAUAUACCGGCGCAUAUAUCAAACGUGAAGCAAUGAACAAACAUGAAUUUCUAUGUGUUGGCCUCAUUCCAGCCAACGCAGUCAUUCAAUGCUUUACACUUGGCGAUGACAACGACGAUGACAACGACGAUGACGACGACGAUGAUGACGACGACGACGACGACGGCAAUUAA